AUGCUUGGCAGAUAUGCGUUGGGAUCGUCGCCGCCGUCGUCGCCGUCGCCGCCGCCAACGCCAACAUCAACAUCGUCGCUGCCGACAUCGACAUCGUCGCCACCGCCGCCGCCGCCAACAUCAUCGCUGCCGACAUCGACAUCAUCGACAUCGUCGCCGCUGCCGACAUCGACAUCAUCGUCAUCGUCAUCAGUGUCGUCGCCGUCGCUGUUAUCACCAUCGUCACAGUUGUUAUCGCUAUCAUCGCUGCUGUGGUUGUCGGCAGCGUGCAUCACGACGAUCCGAAAGUUCGAUCACGAGGUCUUCGCAGCCACCCUAUCCUGUUGGCCGAUCGUUCCACGGUGCUGCCCUGACGACAGCACUCAUCAUCGUCCCUGGGGUCACCUUCCGGCUAGUGACUAGUGAUAAUCUGUUUGUUGCUAGUGAUUAAAUUGAAAGAGUGUCGAAGUGGGAGAGAAGCUGGUUCCUUCGUUGUGUGGUAUACACGUAACGUAACCUAACGGUUUCUACGUUUCUUCUUGUCGCGUGUGUGUUGUGAGUUGUAAUUACGAGCUAGAAAGUUUCAUAUCCUCGAUCCAAUUGGGAAUAUAUAUCAAUUGUGCCGUGAAGCCGAGGAAAAGAUCAGUUAUUUACUUAUUGAUUUCGUGGUGAAACACCGAUCCGGAAGGGAAGCAAGUUCAGUAAAGAGAAAAGAGCUUCUCCUUUACCCGGCGCUCCAGUGUUUUGUGGUAUUCAAUAUCGGUGGUGUGUGUGCCUCUGCCCUGUGUGUGUGUGAGUGUGUGGUGGCAAGAGUGUGCCGUGAUUAACGUCGGUCGAAGUUGUGUGUCGUUGUACAGUACCGCCAAACGAUACCACAACAUCCGAUCCCAAAUGAAGAGUUCGGAGC